CAACUUUGAACCCGAAUCCGAGUUGGACACACCCUUUUGCCCCUUUCAACAGUGACCCGGUCAGCCACUUCAUCUCUCUUGGUGGAUUCAAAGAGCAAAUGGACGCAAAUUCGCUUUCAAGAGCCCGGCAGAUGACAUGGCUUGUACUAUAAGUCUUUGUGGCGUCGUGCGGCAAGCCACACUUCAUGCUAUCCCAAAGCGAAGAAUCUCAUCUUAUCUUUUUGGAAUUCACCAAAAAAAGCGCCUUGUCAGCUCGAAGGCUCUUGGUCGGCAACAAGGCCUAGGGACACUCCUGAUUGGUUCCAACGAGCAGGAACAGCAUCAUGGGGCCCCAUGAACAGGACCCUCCGCCACCCAUGGUCUUGGCACACGCAAAAGAGAGCACCUGCAGCCAAAACCCGCGCCGCCUGCUUUUUGUGGCUCUGUCAUGUCAUGCUCUGUGAAACAUUCUCCAGGGAACAUAUAAGGUAUCAAGCCUGCAUGUCACGUUGCGUAGUUAACCAACUUUUAAAAAAGCUCGUCAUCUAUAUCAGCCAUAUCUGCAAGUAGACUUGACACCUGCAAAUUAGAGGUCGCCUCGCAAUCUCAUUCGCAUUUGGAAAAACUACUUUUACUAGCUACACGUCAAUUCACCCACACGCACGCAUCACACACACCUACUAUGAAGGUUUCCACGUUUUUGUCGGCGCUCCUCGUCGCCGACGCGACAGUACACGGUCUUGUGUCACCACCAAUUGGGGAGAUUGCACAGCAUGAGCCAGUACGACACAGCGAGCGCGACACCCAUUCUCAUGAUGAUAGCGAACUCUGGAAGCGGAGAGGCGGAGGCGGUGGAGGUGGUCGCGGCGGCGGCGGCGGCGGCGGUGGCGGGUCAUCGGGAUCGUCAGGGUCUUCGGGCGGCGGUUCUUCUGGUACCUCGGGCUCGGGCUCUACUGGCGGCGGCGGCAGUUCUGGGACAAGAGGCUCUCCUGGCUUCAACUCGGGCGGCCGGACCUCGACCGGAACCGGCCCAGCACCCGCAUAUGGCGGUGGCAGAUACUACGGCGGUGGUGCCGCAGUGCCUUAUAGGGCUGGUGGACGUUCGCCCACCCGCGGCGUUGCCCCCCUCUUCUUUGGAGCUGCUUUCCUCGCCUUCUGGCCUGGCCUCUGGCUGACCAGCGCUUACUUGUACCACCGUCCCGAGGGCUACACUUUCUACAACGUCACCACCGACCAGAGAGAGACCAAACCUGUGAUUUGCGCCUGCGCUGAGGACAGCGUCUGCGGCUGUGACGACAAUGACGACGAGCAGUACAUGAAGGACUUGAUCGGCAACGGAAGCUACGCGGCCCUCGACAAGUCUGUGAUUGACGUCGCCAAUGUCAACGGAACCAGCACGAUUCUGAUCAACGGUACUCUUCCGGAUGGCACCACUGCUCCCGGCGGCACCGACGCUCCUGGCUCUGCUGCUGGUGAUGGUCUGCGUGCUCUUUUGGAGAAUGCUGGGUGGUGGCCAGUCGUUGCUACUGUUGCUGCUGUUGUCUUCACUGCUUAAAACGCUGUUUUCGCGCGGAUACCUAGAUUUCGUUCACUUGUGUUUUUGUACCAUUUUUUGUAAGGGAACGAAUGGGCACAUGUAAAAAAAAGGGACAACAAACAUAACGUUCGCUUCUCUGUUGAACAUGGCUUUUUCAGGGCGUUUAUAUGGGUUUAUUCCGAUACCCCAGGGGAAGAGAAAUAAGGGCUUUAUUCGAUGCAUAUAUGCGUAAUGAUAGAUACGAUAAUUACAUAUAUACCACGCUCACUUUUUACACCAUAAUCAUAUGUGGCUUAACUGUUGAUAGAUACCAGAUAUGGA